AUGGCCGACUCGGUGGCACAGAACUCUCAUGGAUAUGACCAUGACAAUUUACGCCAUGUGGUCAUCACAUCGACAUGUUUUGCCUUUAUCUUGUCGACAACGGCGGUCGGCUUCAGAGUCAUUUCCCGAGCUAUUAAUGGAAAGGGGCUCUUCCUAGAUGAUUGGCUUAUCAUCCUGGCGCUAAUAUUUGAGUACGGCAUAUCUAUAGCCGGAGUUGUUUUACUUUAUAAUGGUCUCGGAACUCAUAUCGUGGAGGUCCCUCCUGAGAAUAUUGUUACCUAUUUGAAGACACUAUUCACAGGAGCGAUUCUAUACACGUGUUGUAUCCUGUUUAUCAAGUUAUCAAUCCUUGCACUCUACCGAAGGCUAUUCCCCAUCAGAAGCAUGAAGGCAGCUGUCAAUGUUACAUCUCUCAUUGUGAUUCUGUGGGCCGCCUGCGGUAUUCUCGCUGGAUGUUUCAACUGUAUUCCAACCGAGAAAGCAUGGCACCCUAUGAUUGAGGGCGGCUGCAUGAAUCUCUCGAAGUUUUAUUACGGUCUUCAGAUCCCGAACAUUGCGACUGACGCAAUCAUUCUGAUCAUGCCUAUGCCCGUUGUUUGGAAGCUUCCCAUCUCCAAGCCUCAAAAGAUGGGUCUUUCUGCCAUCUUCGUUCUCGGAGUGUUGACACUUGCUUUUGAUAUCGUCCGGCUGGUUGUCUUGAUUGAUCUUGCCGAAAAGGCGGAAGACAUCACAUAUGACCAAGUCCCAGCAAGUGUGUGGACAUGUAUCGAGCCCGCCGUCGGAAUUGUCGCAGCAUGCCUUGCGAACAUGCGUCCAUUGUUCAAUUUCAUGCACGUCAAAGUCUGGUCUAAGAUCACAAGUCGAUAUGCCACCAACUCCAAUAACUCCAGCGCUUCGCAGAUCAACGAGAAGGGAAAUUGGAAUCGUCAAACCCCAAGCCCUCAGCCUGAACAUGACCACAGUACCCCUUCGAGUCCUGUUAGCGACCCUCACUCAUCUCCCUUGAGCCAGUCGCCCGCUCAUAACCAGUCCGCCGUUUGA